AAAAAAAAAGAUUGGAAGAUUGCUGGGGUGGGAAAUAGCUCAUUUUCCUGUGGAGACAAAGAAGCCAACCAAACAAUGUGUGGUUUGUUUAAAGAGGCGCUUGGGCUGGUAAAAUAAAUCCAUUGUUGGUUCUGCUCUCUGUUAAAGCAAUAUGAACCCUGUAGAGCCAUUCCAGGUUAUUCCAAAUUAGUUCUCAUGUCGGCAGAAAGCUCAACCAUCACAGUUCGUCUUGUUCGCUCUUUUGAGCACCGGAAUUUCAGACCUGUGGUGUAUCAUGGAGUUAACUUGGAUCAGACAGUGAAGCAGUUCAUUGCUUUUGUACAGAAGGAUGUGCCUUCAAGAGCAGGACUUCCCCCUCCUUUUAAAAACUACAAGUAUGAUACAAUGAAGAUUAUUCACCAAGCACACAAAUCAAAGACUGGUGAACUUGUAGUGAGUUUGGAAGAUGAUGACAAACUGAUUUUGAAAGAAGAGAGUACGUUGAAAGCAGCUGGAGUAGCAAAUGAGACCGAAUUAGCAUUCUUCUGUGGGGAAGAUUACAGAAACUACAAGGCUAAUCCUGUUUCGGCCUGGUGAAGAUCCCAAGAGAUUGUUUUGUUUUCCCCUACUCAUUGUAAAUUUUCCUUGUUCUGCUUAAUGAGUUUUGUUUUUUUUUUUUUAAAGAAAAAAAGAUCAAUAAAUCCUAAAGGAUUGCUUUGCAAACA